GGAGACGAUGCACAGCAGCUCAAAGCUGUCCACGGAUCAGCAACGAGUAAAACAUUUCUCGCCUGCAAACGCAAGUUGCUUUCGGGCCGUCGAUCUGCCAAUCUUUCGAGCUCAAGCAAGUAACAUGCCGCCAAAACGCAAAUCCAAUCCCACAACCCCGUCGAAAGUUGCUUCAUCCUCAGCGAUUGAGCAGCCGUCUUCGGGCGGGUCUAGCAGACGUAGUGUACGCGCCAGCGUAAGCCAGAAGCCAACAAAAUACGUGGAAGUCGACAGCGAAGGCAAUGAAGCCUUCACUUCAGAGGAAUCGUCCGACGUUGAGGAGGAUGAAACGAGUGAGGACAGGGCUGCGGAGCUGUCAUCCCAUGGGAAAGCCAAAGGCAAGGGGAAAGCAUCUACACUGGCCAAUUCAAAAGCAAAUGCGAAAGGAAAGGGAAAAAUGAAAGGAGCACGUAACAGCAAACUGGAGGACAACUUUGUGAUCGAAGAAGAUACGAAUUCCGAUAUCGCCGACCAGGACGAUUUGGCUCUGUCUUCCGAUGUCUCUAGCCUCAGUGACAGUGACUCAUCGGUCCCGGCGCCUAAGAAGCGAAAGAUUCAAAAGUGGAACGGAAAAACUCAAGGACAGACGGUUGGAUCGAGCGCAAACGAACGACGGUCCACAAAGCCAAGUGGCAACGGCCCUGGCAGAACGGUCAUCACCCUUGCCAAAGCGCCCAGCAAGCAACCCCCUCCGCAUAUCAUCUCGGACACCAUGAUGAAUUUUCUGUCUUCUCUGAAAGAUCCUGCGAAUAAUGAUCGUGACUGGUUCCAGCAGCACGACGCGCUGUAUCGCUAUGCAUGGGACAACUGGAAUGCAUUUGUCACUGUUUUGCUACCACGGCUGAUGGAAGAGGCAGAUGAGACGCUUCCAUUCUUACCCACCAAAGACAUGGUGUACCGGAUCUACCGAGAUGUCCGCUUCAGCUCCGACAAGACACCAUACAAGACUUACAUGUCGGCUACAUUCUCGAGGGGAGGGAGGAAAGGUGCCUACGCGGGCUACCAUCUCGAGGUUAAGCCGGGAAGUCAGUCGUUCAUCGCGGGAGGCAGAUGGUGUCCGGAAAAGGAGCACCUUCAGAUCUUUCGGCAGCACAUCAUUGAUGACGACGAAGAAGGCAGGCGGUUCAAGGAAAUUCUCAAUGGAUCGGACUUCAAGAAUUUCUUUGGCCCCGCGAAGCCUGGCGGUCGAGGGCUUGGCCGCUCAAGUAGUGUUUUUGGGCAUUCGGAUGAGCUCAAGGUCGCCCCAAAGAUGCCUGGCGUGGACAAAAAUCAUCCACAAAUUGACUGGCUCAAAUUACGGUCCUUUUAUGUCUCGAGAACGUGGGUUACAGUUGAGUGCAGUGAACGAGUGCGCAAUUUACUGAUCCGCUUCUCGACGGUACUCUCGUUCUCUAAUCUCUGAACAGGUUCGAGGAUGCAGACGUGUGCAAGGAGGAUUUUGUGGAUGAGAUCGUGCGGACUUGCAAGGUCAUGCAGCCAUUUGUGGAAUUGCUCAACGACAUGAUCUAUCCACCGCCAACACCACCUUCAUCUGAUGACGACGAAU